GUGGGGUGGGGGGGGGAGCGGGAGGGAAGGAGAAGAAGGAGAAGGAGAAGAAGGAGAAGGAGGAAUCAGCAGCGCUGGAAGAGCCCUCGCCCUCCUGCUUUUCCCCGAGCGAGCUUGGAUGCUGGAAGGAGCCUCUUGGAUAUGGGAUCAUAUCUGGUUUCUCACAGCCUGGGUUUGCUGCUCUGCUGCUCCGUGCUCAGUUCUGUCUACGCUCUGGUGGAUGCUGACGAUGUCAUCACCAAGGAGGAGCAGAUCUUCCUCCUGCUGAAAGCCAAGGCCAAGUGUGAGCGCCACCUGAAAGCCAAGGUGCCCAAGGUGCACGAUGGAUUUUGUCUCCCUGAGUGGGAUGGCAUCGUCUGCUGGCCCGAAGGGGUCCCGGGCAAGGUGGUGGCCAUGCCGUGCCCCGAGUACAUCUACGACUUCAACCACAAAGGCCACGCUUACCGGCGGUGUGACCUGAACGGGAGCUGGGAGCUCGUGCUGGGCAACAACAGGACCUGGGCCAACUACAGCGAGUGUGCCAAGUUCCUCACCAACGAGACGAGGGAGAGGGAGGUCUUUGAUCGCCUCUAUUUGAUUUAUACUGUUGGAUACUCCAUCUCCCUGGGAUCCCUCACAGUUGCUGUCCUUAUCCUGGGAUACUUCAGACGUUUGCACUGCACUAGAAACUACAUCCACAUGCACCUGUUCGUGUCCUUCAUGCUGAGGGCCAUGAGCAUCUUCGUCAAGGACGCCGUCCUGUACUCGGGCUCAGCCCUGGAGGAGAUGGAGAGGAUCUCAGAGGAAGACUUGAAAUCCAUCACUGAAGCCCCUCCAGCGGAUAAGUCACAGUUUGUGGGCUGCAAAGUAGCUGUUACCUUCUUCCUCUACUUCCUGGCAACCAAUUACUACUGGAUCCUGGUGGAAGGGCUCUAUCUCCACAGCCUCAUCUUCAUGGCAUUUUUCUCAGAGAAGAAAUAUCUUUGGGGAUUCACAUUAUUUGGCUGGGGUAAGUCGUGCCUGCUCCUCACAUCUCCCCUGGGGAAAGCCUCUUGCAGGUGGUUUUUGCAGCUGGUCGUGGAUGUAAAUAAAUACAGGAGAAGGGAUGUCGUAAAUAAAUACAGGAUGAGCCCCACUGACUCUUCAAGGGCAGGUUUUCCCUCCCGUGAAAGCUCUGCCCCUUCUGAAUUUUGGGAUUUAUUGUGGCACCUCCAGGGUCUCCGGAAGGAUCAGCCCAGCACAUUUCAGGGAAUCCCAGAAUGGCUUGG